AUGUUGCAAACUUCAAUUCAAAGCGGCACUAAUUUACCCAAUCUGCAUAUAGUCAAUGAAAAUACAACAUCUUAUUCACAACCUACAGAGUUUGCAUGCUCAAGAAAAACUAAAUAUAUUUCCAUUUACAUUUGCAUUGGAAUUAUAGGUAAAUAUAAAAAAGUGUGCCAAGGGAUUUUGGAUGACAUUGCAGAUGGCAAUAUAAGACUGGCAAGUAACUCAACACUAGAUAUUCUUAAAGAACUUUUAUUUUCAGUGACAGAGGAGGCUAAAUUAUUUAGAGAUUGUAUAAGACCAAUUAAUAAUCAAUAUGCAUUUACAUCUUUGGGAGUGAAGUGCGAUAAAAGUUUAACACAACGCAAUAAAGGAAUUUAUACUUUCAAGAUACAAGGUCAAAUGUAUCAUUUCUUGAAUGAUUUAGAAGCAUCAAAAAAUUUACGAUUAUAUUUUCACGAUAUCGAGCAUGAAGUUGCUAACCGAUUUAAUGCCUGA